AUGCAUGCCAAAACCAUUCUGGCCUUGGGCCUCAUCAGCGUCGCUGUCUCAGCAGCCAAGCCUACCGUCUACCUCAUCCGUCAUGGUGAGAAGCCCAGCGAUGGAGGUAACGGAUUAAGCGCUCAGGGUCUUGAGCGUGCUCAAUGCCUUCGCACCGUCUUUGGCCGCGCUUCAAGCUACAAUAUUGGAUAUAUUAUGGCUCAAACGCCCAAGAGUGAUGGCAAACGCGCUCGUCCUUACGAGACAGUAGAGCCUCUCGCUGAAGACCUGGGACUGACCGUGGACACAUCUUGUGAUCGCGAUGAUCCGAAGUGUGUCAGAGAUGUGGUCGAGGGUUACACCGGCUCGGGCAAUAUUCUGAUUUGCUGGGAACACGGCGCGUUGACGGACAUCGUCAACCAGUUGGGCGAUGAUAAUGCCCCAACAUAUCCUGAUGACCGGUUCGACUUGAUUUGGACCGAUCCCUACCCCUACUCCGACAUCACGGCACAGACCAGCGAGCAAUGUCCGGGUCUGGACAAUUAA